AUGUAAAGAUAGGCGUAAAAUAAGACGUGAGUCAGUCCUCAGCUAUGGCUACCGACCUCAAGUUCUUGCUGUGUGUCACGCAGCUCAUGCUGUAUUGUUUGGGUGUCUUUGGAAGGUCCGUACCCGACUGUGAAGGAGGAAAAGUCUGGAAUGUCCUGCUGCGAGUGUGUGAGUGUCCACAGUGGACCUACUGGUACAACCCCACACAUGGAUGUGAGCCGUGCCGUGAGCGGUGUAGGGGAGAAGUAACAUGGUGUGAAGCACAACCUGAAUGUCAAGGCUAUUUGCAGUCUCUGGCAUCAACAGUGAAUCCAGGCUCUACAGAAUCAUCAUGGACAGUACCCCUUGCAUGGCAGACCAGUGUGCCAGACUUGAAACCAUUGCAGCUGGCAGUCAUUGUCAUUGGAGCAGUUCUGUUCAUAGCUCUUUUGGUAAUCACGUACAUCGGGUGGACUGUGCAUAAGCUGAAGAUGCAAAGGCCAAAGGAUCACACAGUUGAGAAGAUGCGGUAUGAGCCUGAAGGUGCUCUAACUGAUGAGGACAGAAGAUCCACACGUCUCCAGCCUGAUACACAGGAAUCUGAGGAGCUGCUACCUCAUGGUGCCCAAUGUGCACAUGAGGGGACAUCACCAUCUGAUGACAGGGUCAGACACAGCCCGACCAGUGACACAGAACUGCACAAACCUGCAGUGGCCGAGCACGGAGAAAUCCUACAGCAGCACCGAGAUGCUGAGAACAACAGGCAGUGAAGUUUGGCAGUGGUAGAAAUACAUUUACAGUCAAACCUGUCCAAGCCACCCAGGGGACUUAAGAACAGUGGCCACAUUGGACAGGUGUUUUUGUUUGCUAGAGGGUGGAUUGUGACCCGAAAUUGUGCACAUUCAAGGUGUAUAUGGUGAUGCAAACCUCCUAAAACUCUUUUCUCCUUCAGGGAAUCAAAAUGCAUAAUCAGACAUUAGAAUCCGGGACACAAUGAUGGUGACCUGUCGUGGUGCAUAUGGCGACAGUGGUGUAUAAUCAUGUACACAUUUUAAAGCUGCAUUAUGUGACAUUUUGUUACAAAAAAAGUUAACAUUCUGGACAUUUUCGUAAAUAAUUUCAUCAGGUUGGUGAAUGAUUGAAUAGUAUGUAAUUUAACAGCUCUUUUAUGUACAACCAUUUGCUUAAAUUAGUGUAUCCAGUGUUAAAAGGAAAAGAAGAAAUGUAAGAUUUCAUACCAUCGGGUUUAUAUAGGUAAAGUAUUUAGUAGGUUUUUACGAUAUGAUGUCUUUAUAUCUAGACCUUUCUUUAAACAGCUGUGGAAAGUACCAAUAAUAAUCAAACAAACAGUAGACAAUGGCAAGGGACCAUGGAGUUCACCAGGCAGCACUAUACCAAAAGAACAUACUGCGCCUUUGCGAAACCCGGAUAUUUUAAAGUUUUCGUUGAAUGUUCAGUCAACAUGCAUUAGAAUUGUUCCUGUUGCAGACACUAUUUUCUCCCACAAAACAUUCGAAAACUAUAGACGGGAUGUCAUCUUUAAAUGCACAUAUACAACUUUUAAAAGACCUAUUCAGAAGUGCUAUGCACAAGUUUUGCACAUGCAGGCACUGUACCUUUUGCCAAUUUGUUCACAAUACCAUUGUAUACAACAGACUCUAUACUCUGCAUCGUAAAAUCUUCAGAUUGUUUUAUUUCCAUUUAGAUGACUACUGUAUAACAGACUUAUUUCACAUGCAAAAAAUAACACUUCAAAACACUGCAAGAAAUCUAAUUUCCUCCUAGCAUGUGACAAAUAUGUGCCUUUACAGUAAUAUGUGACUAAUGAUAGGUGCCCUAAUGUUUUCUUAUGAUUUUUUUUGGUGGGGGGGGGGGGCUAGGUCCACUUCAAUGCAUUUAAACACACAAUUUAGAAAUAAAACAUAUGACGAUGUAGUUCCACCAGUUACACUAGUUCCAUAUCUGCCAGAUGCAUUAUAUAUCUAGUACAUUGAAAGUGCCUAUUGUUUCAACAUAUUGUCUUCACAAUAAAAUUGUCUGAUACUAUUUUGUUGGAGUUCGGUUCAGCAGUAAUUUUACAUACAAACAUGUCUAAGAAUAUUAGAAGCACAAGAUGUUACAUAGCUUCUAUCAGUCACAUGGAUAGAAAGUACCUACUCUUAAUUGGAACUAAACAUUAUCUUAUAAGUAAGUAGACCUGUUUCUUGCGCCAUCUCCAUUAUCUACACAUGUGAACGCACCUGUCCUUGGUACUGAACACCAUUCACGCACACGUAAACACAUCUGUUCUUGAACUGAAUACUUUCCGCACACAAGUAAACAGACCUAUCCUUGUUGCUGAACACUACCCACACAGGUAAAUAUAUUUGGUACUUCCUAAUGAACACUGUCCACACAGCUAAAUACAUCUGUCCUGGUUACUGAACAUUGUAUAAUGAACACUGUCCACACAGGUAAAUACAUCUGUCCUGGUUACUGAACACUGUAUAAUGAACACUGUCCACACAGGUAAAUACAUCUGUCCUGGUUACUGAACACUGUAUAAUGAACACUGUCCACACAGCUAAAUACAUCUGUCCUGGUUACUGAACACUGUAUAAUGAACACUGUCCACACAGGUAAAUACAUCUGUCCUGGUUACUGAACACUAUAAUGAACACUGUCCACACAGGUAAAUACAUCUGUCCUGGUUACUGAACACUACAAUGAACACUGUCCACACAGGUAAAUACAUCUGUCCUGGUUACUGAACACUAUUCACACAGGUAAACACACCUGUCCUUGGUGCUGAACACUAUCAACUCACAGGUAAAAACAUAUUACGUUCUUGGUACUGAACACAAUUCACACAGGAAAAUAAUGUGUCCUUGGUGUUGAAUACUAUCGACACACUCAGGUACACACACCUGUCCUUCGUACUGAACACUACCCACAAAGGGAAACACACCUGUCCUUGGUACUGAACACUAUUAACACACACAGCUAAACACACGUUUCCUUAGUGCUGAACACUACCCACACAGGUGAACCUGUUGCUGAUCAUCUACGCAUAUGUAAAUGCAUCUGUUUCUUGUACUGAACACAAUCCGCUGACAUUUAAACAGACCUGUCCUUGGUGCUGAACACAAUCCACACAAACAAAACACAUUCCCCUCGUGCUACAUAUAAAGAAUAAUUGGAAAAAAUAUAAAAUACACAGCGAUGCAAAUAUCUUUGCUUAAGAUACCUAUUGAUGAUGACAGCAUAGGGGAACUACUUUUAGAAAAGGGGACAUCGGGAAAGUAUGUGUUUGACAUCCUGACAAGUUGUAUUUUUUCAUUGUGUCAUGAGAAUGGAAUAGUAAAGUUAAAUUAUAUCAGACUGUAUAUAAUCAACUUAAUCAAAUGUAUUGGCAGCCGCACAUUCUUUCACAAUUGGUUUGUGUCCUAGUAUUACGAGGGUUAACUCGUAACAAAUGUCUUGGAGACCAAUAGCUAAGUUGUUCUUAACAUCACACCAUUGGCGGCAUGUCGGAAUUAUUUAUACACCAGGGAUGCCUAUAAUGCAUUCAUGGUCUGUAUGAUGCCAACUAUGCAGGUAAAAAAAUGUGUGCCACUCUCAGCUAUUGACUUAAUCCUGAAUAUACAUGAUUGUAUGAUCAACUUACACUCAAAGAAACUUGUAAAUGCGAGUUUUAUGCAAUACUGUCCAGCAAAAUUACA